AUGGAUGCGGGAGGACUUCCAGUGUUUCCGGGUGCCAAUCAGGCCAAUCACCUGAACAGUCUUCACCUGCAGCAACAGCAGCAGCAAGCCCAACAGCACCACCAGCUGACACUGCAGCAACAGCAGCAAAUUCAACUGCUCAACAACCACAAUCUACACCAGCAACAGCAGCACCCGCAGCAGCAACAGCAGUUGCUGCAGCAGCAGCAUCAACUGCAGCAGCAACAGAAUCAGCUGCAGCAGCAAUCCCUACAGCAGCAGCAGCAGCAGCAGCAGCUUCCACCCGGCGUGGAAGUCCCACAGAAGCGUCAGGCCGUGUUCGACAGGCUGAAGCGGCGCAUCGAAACGUACCGGCGGCGGCAAACGGACUGCACGCCACGGUUCGAGCAGACGUACAGCGGGAUCUGCGAGCAGCAGAGCCUGGAAACGAGCGCCCUGCAGAAGAAGUAUCUCGAGCAGAAGAACAAGCGGUCGCUGAAGAAAACGGAAAAGAAGCAAGCCGAGCAGCAGCAGCAGCAGCUGCAGCAGCAACAAACCCUCUCCGGCAACCUGCAGAGCAGUGUGCAUGUGCAACAAAAAUUCCUCAAGCGACCCGCCGACGACAUCGACUCCGCCUCCGAUUCCUAUGAGCCACCGGUGAAGCUACAGCACAACGGGUCCGAGAAUCUCACCAAAUUCUCCGUCGAGAUCGUACAGCAGCUGGAGUUUACGACGUCGGCCGCCAACUCGCAACCGCAGCAGAUCAGCACGAACGUCACGGUCAAGGCCCUGACCAAUGCGUCCGUCAAGAGCGAGGGAUCAACCGGAGGCCCGGGCGGUAUCGGAGGAACCGGAGGCGGUGGCGGUAAUGGUAUGCCGGGUCAGCAGCAACAGCAGCAGCAGCAGCAGCAGCAACAACAACCGAACAGCAAUCCAACACCCUCCCCGCACAUGCACGACCUCGGCAACAUUGUCGACUUCAAGCAGGAGCCGGAGAAUGAGUUCGCUGACCUGUCGGCCGCUCUGGAGAAGGAUGCGGCGGCCAACGGGCACUUCCCGGGCCUGUCGGACUUCAUCGGGGACGAUACGAACGAUGAAAACGACACAUUCAAGGAUCUCAUCUCGGAUCUCUCCGAUUUCCAUUCCGAUUUUCUCGACUUUGAGGAGAAACCGCAGCCGCCGAUGCAACAGCAGCAGCAGCAGCCACAAGCGCAACAACAGCAGCAACAGCCAUCACAGCAACAUGCGCAGAUGCAACACCAGCAGCAGCACCACCAGCAGCACCAGCAGCAACAGCAUCAGCAGCAUAUGCAAUCCCAGCAGCAAGCCCAACAGCAGCAGCAGCAUAUCCAGCAGCAGCAACAGCAGCAUCAGCAUCAUAUGCAACAACAACCACCCCACCAUCCACUGCAACAUCAGCAGAUGCACCAUCAGCACUCGCAGCAGCAGCAUGCGCAGCAAGCGCAACAGCAACAUCCGUCGCACCCGGGGCCAGGCUCUCAAAUACCACCGAACAUGCAGCAACACCAUCGACCACUGUCACAGCAGCAACAGCUUCAGCAACACCUGCAACAACAGCUGCAACAGCACCAGCAGAUCGAAGUGAAGCAGGAAAACUGCAUCAAGCAGGAGCAUCCGAGCCCGGGGCUGCUGGACAAUAUGGGCAUCAAACGUGCCGGUUCCUUAACGCCGCAACAGCAGCAACAGCAGCAGCAACAGUACGGCAAUGCAUUUGGUGGUGAUGGAAUGAGUGGUCCGGGCGGUGGACCGAUCGCCAAGCAGCGACCGGGUGCCGGGUAUGGCACUCCGCAGGCCAACGGUCCCAUGUCGGAACUGUCGCCCGCCGCCCAAACGCUCAAGCACAUGGCCGAACAGCACCAGCACAAGAACGCGCUCAACAUGGGCUUCCCGCGAGGCGGUCCACAGGGCGGCGGCCCGCAGGGUCAACAGCGGCCCCCAUACGGCGGCGAGUUCGGUCAGUUCGCGGGCAACGAGUUUAUGAACCCGGCCCUGGCCGGAUCCGGUGGCCCGGGCGGCAAUCCCGGUCCACUAGGGCCAGCGACGGGUGCGUUGGGUCCCGGGGGUGCCCCGGGAGUAGGACCCGGCGCGGGUACGGGUGGUCCCGGUGGCCAGUUCCACAAGGGCGCUGUGCCACCGUUCCCGGGCGCCGACCUGAUCAAGCAGGAGCUCUUUGCGUCGCAACAGGAUUACGAUCUCAAACCCGCGCUCAACCGACUGCAGCCACCGAUGGGACCGAACGGCGCCGGCGGACCGAAGAUGGGCCCGGGAGGGGGCUUCGUGAAGACGCCGAAUCCCCAGCAACAACAGCAAUCCUCGCAGCAACAGCAGCAACAAUACUCACCGUACGGUUCGCCUGGCGGCCUACCGAACCAUGGCGGAAGUCCUGGGCCAGGUUUUAUGCCCGGAGCUCGUGGCGGUGGCGGCCCUGGCCCGGGCCCUGGAUCGAACCAGGGACCGAACGGUGGCAUCGGCGGUGGUGCAGGCUCCGGUGGCGUUCCCGGUGGCGGUCCUGGUGGCGGAGGUGGUGGUGGCGGCGGAGGAGGUCCUGGUAGCGGCGGCGGUAACAGUGGGCCAAAUGCGGCCGGCGGCCCUGGCGGUAACGGUGGUCCCAACAGCGGUGGCGGCGGAGGCGGCGGUAUGCCUCCGCGGGGUGGCGGAGGUGGCAAUGGGCCAAUGCCGGGCGGACCGAACUCGACGAUGCUGCAGAUGAAGCAAACGCAACAGUUACACAUUAGUCAGCAGGGUCCGGGCGGUCAUGGCAUUCAGGUAAGCACGAAUUGCGAAACGACCAUUGCCCGUCAGUCGAAAAGGAACAACAAAACGGUGCAUACGGUUUCCGCCGGACAACAUGUACAUCUCAGUGGAGACCUCAAAUCGGGCGUCUCAGUGGCAGCACAGCAAGGGGUGUUCUUCAGUCAACAGCAGCAGGCCGCUCAGCAGCAACAGCAGCAACAACACCAGCAACAGUCACAAAACCAGCAACAUCAGCAACACCAGCAGCAGCACGCACAACACCAACAGCAGCAGCACCAACAGCACCAGCAGCAUCAACAGCACCAGCAACAUCAGCAGCACCAGCAGCACCAACAACACCAGCAACACCAGCAACAUCAGCAACAUCCCCAGCACGCGCAACACCAGGGACAUCCGCAACACCAGCAACAGCAUCAACCGCAUCACCAGCAGCAGCAUCAGCAACAGGGCGGACCGAAGCAACAACAACAAUCGCAACUGAACGCGAAGCAGGGCGGUGGCGUUGGACCCGGCAUUCCGGUUGGUGGCAUGGUCGGUGGCGGCGGACCGAACAACGGCGGCGGCAAUGGCCCCGGUGGUGGCCAAACGACAAUUUCGAAUGGCCCCGGACAUGGCGGUGGCCCGAACGGAGGAAGUGCACCCGGUCCGGGAGGUGGCCACGGGCCGAACCAAAAUCAUCAACCAAAUCAAGUACCGAACUCACAAGGAUCAUCCAUUGUUAACGAGGCACAGUACACGGUGUCCCAAUCGCAAACAAUCAACUUUACCCAGCAAACGUUGCGGGCCCGACAGCAGCAGCAGCAUCAAGUUAAUAGCGGCGUUAAUAUGCCCAACGGUGCGGGAACCGGCGGCCCACAGCAUCAGCAGCAGCAGACACAGAACCAGCAGCAGCAACAAGCGGCAGCAGCCGGUAUGGGAGGACCUACCCAAAACCAACCGCAGCAGCAACAAGGUCCGGCGAGUGGUCCACAGUCGCAAGGUCUUGCCGGUGGUCCCGGCCAGGGCACGGGCGUAGGCACCGGACCGGGCGGCGGUCCAGGAAUGGGCCCUUCCGGGGGCGCCGUUCCACCGGGUAUGAUGGUCGGUGCCGGCGGUGGUGGUCCCGGUGUCGGUAUGGGACCGAAUGCGAUGGGCCUGGGUGGCAUCAGUGGGUUAAACUCGAUGGUAUCCAACACGCUGGCUCCGGGUGCUGGUGGUGGUGGCGGCGCCGGCGGUGUAAAUGGUGGUGUCGGAAGCGGUGCCACCGGAGGCAUGAUGCACGGUGCCAUGAGUGGCCCUGGUGGCCCGGGUGUACCGAUGCGGCACGCGGAACAGAUGAAGUUCAUGCAGCAGCAGCACGUGCAGCAGCAACAGGCCCAGCAGCAGCAGCAGCAGCACAUGAUACGGGCGCAAGCGAUGCAACAGCAGAUGGUGGGCGCGAGGCCACCGCCACCCGACUACAAGGCAGCGCAGCAAGCGAACCCGGCCGCAGCCGCCGCAGCGGCAGCCAUGCUACAGCAGCAACAGCAGCAGCAAGCACAGCAGCAGCAGCAAAUGCUGCACGCCGGCGGUCGCUUCCCAGCGAUGCGGCGUAUCACGCAGCAACCGAUGCCACCGUCCGGGCCAAUGCUGCGAGCACAACAACAGGCUUACCUGCAGCAACAGCAACAGCUUGCCAGCCACGGGGGAGGCCCCCGCGGCGUCGGAGGAGCGAUGGUUGGUGGGUUCGGGGCCGGUGCCGGUCCGGGAGGAAUCGUUCCGGGUGCUGCCGGUGGUGCCGUUGGCAAUGCCGGUGGCGGUGUGAUGGGAGGCCCGGUUCAACGGCCUCCGAACGUUCAGGUGGGCCCGGAAGGGAUGCCAAUGGGAUCGCAACAAGCGGAGUGGCGCCAUAUGAUGGCCAUGCAGCAACAGCAGCAGGUUAGCUUCGGUGGCGGCAAUGGUGCAGGCAUGCGACAAGGAUUCGGCGGUCCCGGAAAUGGUCCCGUUGGAGGUCCGAACGGUCCUGGGCCGCUGAGCAGGUUGGAUCCUUCCGUUGGUCCCGGGAACGCAGGACCCGGAGCAUCACAGACCGCGGGUGUUGGAGGCGCCACUGGUGGUAACAGCACAGGACCAGGGAUGGGAGGAGCUGGUGGUGGCGGUGGUGGUCCCAAUGGACCCGCUAUGACGGCGAUGCAAAUGCAAAUGCUGCGGCAGCAGAACCUAGCAAUGUACCAAGGGCAAGCGAACAGCGUUGGUGGCAACGGUGGAGGCCCAAUGAACCAAAUACAAAUGCUUCAGCAACACCAACUUCACCAGCAGCAAAACAUGAUGAAUCAAAUGCAGAUGAGCCAAAUUCACAUGUCUCAGACGCAAUCGAUGUCAAUCCAACAGCAGCAGCAGCAACAAAACCAACAAUCUGUGAUGAAUACCUUUACAACGCAAACGACGCAACAGACCACUACAUCGACACUGAUUGCUGGCGGUGGUAACGGAGGUCCCAUCGGUGGGCCCAGCAUCGGAGUCGGAGGUGGUGGCGGUUCCGGUGGCGGCCCAGGCAUAGGAGCCAAUGGUAACGCCAAUAUGCUUACCGGUCCCGGGUCUGGUGUAAGCACGCCCGGCAACAAUGGCAACUCCGGUAACAACAACGCCAACAACAACAACAACAACAACAACAACAGUAGCAGCAAUAACAAUUCAUCCGAGUUCCUAGCGUUCCUGGAGAACCUGCCGGUGGGCGAUCCGAACCAGUUCAAUGCCCAAGAUCUGCUCAAUUCGCUCGACAAUGAUAAUUUCAAUCUUCAGGACAUUCUGUAA